AUGAUUAUUGAAAGUGACUUUGAAAACUUAAAUUUGCCUUGCCUUGAUAUCAAUCAAUUUAAAGUUAUUAAGAGAAUUGGAAGUGAUGCGUUUACAGAUGUGUACAAAGCUGAAUUAAUAACCUCAAAUUUAAAAAAUUUAGAAAAUUUAAAGUGUGUUGCACUGAAAGUCUUCAAAUCAUUUGAGGAUGGGGCUUCUCGAAAAGCUAUAUUGAAAGAG